UCACCCUGGUCGACUGCGCGUCUUCUUAGAUUUUGAUGAUCUGUGAUCCACUUUUCUCGUGUGUUGUUUGCGUUACAUAAGUCUUAAAGCAACAUGUUGCCUAUAGGCUGUGUACAGACGUUUUAAACAGUCAGUUUAGGGUUUAUAUAUUGAUCUGGUGGAGGACAACGGUACAGAGCGGAGUUGGGGAGGGGGGUAUGUUACGACUUGGCAAGGAGGAGCUUGGAGUCAUAAUUUUGGACCAAGUUGUAUAAUCCCCUUCAUCGGACGACUGAUUGUUAGUAUCAGCUUUCGAUCAUGUGGCUGUUUAUCAGCAAGUCUCCAGUCAUGAUGCUGCCGCUCCACCUCAGCAGGCAGACGGUGUGCAGCAGGUUACUGGGGGCAUCCAAACUUCUCCAGGAGACCCAGCCUCACAGUCACAGCCUGAGCUGCCACAGAAACUCUGGUGUGAGAUGGGUGUAUUCUGCAGCCUAUGCUGUCACACCAAAAAAUGUGUUACUGUGUACGGUUGGACAGUAUAGACUUGGGGUUCUCCUACUCCCAGCAAGGACGUCGGCAUCAGGACCACAACUGCCUCCACUGCCAUCCACGGAGGAACUAGUGAGGAAACAUGGGUGCCUCAGGAGGGCUUUCAAGUCCAGGAUCAAGAACAAGUACAUCCUAGACCCAGCACUGGCAGCUGUUGUAGUCGAUCACCUGGGAGAUCUUUCAGAGAACAAGCAGUGGAUAUUUGAGCUCAAUCCAGGCCCAGGUGUUGUGACAAGAGAGUUGCUGGCAGCUGGAGCCAGCAGGAUUCUCAUACUGGAGAAUGACAAACUGUUUCUGCCAUACAGCAUGGCUCUAGCUAAGCAUGUCAGGGACAGAGUACAUGUAAAGUAUGCAGACUUCUUCAGGAUAGAUCCCAUGGGAGAUGGGGUCAUCAAACAGCCAGCUAUCUCAUCUGUAGAACUGUUCAACAAAAUCCAACCUGCUCACUGGAAAGAAGAAGUGGUUGUGCGAGUCGUUGGGAUGUUGUCCCAGGAGAAAGAGAAGACACACCUAAGACACUUGUGCUACAGGAUCCUGGAGAGAUCAUCACUGUUUGAGUAUGGGCGUAUGGAGCUCAAUCUCUUUAUAACAGAAAAAGUGUAUAAUAUGAUUACAGCUCCACCAGGCGUGGACCUUGUUAUUUAUGAGAGCACCUCCAUCCUGUGUCAAGCCUGCUUUGACAUCCAACUUCUUCUAAAGGAACCCAAUUCUAGAUUUUUGCCUGUACAAGUCAAGGGUCAAACAACUUAUAAGCACAAGGCUAAUGCAGACAGGUUUGUAAAUGACCACAUGUGUCUGGUGAGGCUGACCCCUAAAGCGGCCCUGUUUGACCAGGGACUGACCCCACAGAAUGGCAGCCAGUUCAUCUUCCUCGUUAGACAGCUCAUGGCCAAGCCUAGAGCCAAACUUACAGACAGGAUGGAAAUCUGGGUGCCCGGCAGCUUGAACAUUCUGUCAGACCUGGGGCUGAGGCCGGACAUGCGGGCGGGCGACCUCUCCCCAGCACAGUUCAUGAAGCUGUUCCUCCUGCUGCUGAAGAAUGGCAGCUUCCACAACACCUGGUGGGAGGACGAGGCUUACGAACAGAUCCACUCCAUCAACAACAGAGCAGCCUGACAGGAUGACAGGGAAAACCCAUCAAAGUACAAGAUUCAGCCAGCAUGAAGGGUUCACAGUGCUAAGAUACUUGUGGUUACAAGUCUUCUGAAGAUGCUUGGACAUCAAUUGGGUCCAUGUAUGCUCUUGUGCCAUCUAGUUCCUCAGCCUUAUGAUAAUUACCUUCCUUGACCUCAUGAAUGACAGAGGAGAUCCCAUCUGAACAGCAUGUUGACUGCUUCGUGUUGUAGACUUCACCAUGGGCUUCCCCCCCACAGCAGUCCAAUUCCCCACUGGUCCAGUUGUACUUCUUUGCGCCACAGAAUUUCAAGUCAGGACCAGCUACACAAGGAACAACAUUUUACUUAACAACAGGAUACUGAAUGUCUCCUACAUGUACUUUGUAUCAGUGAAGAACAGGGUCAUUGAACAUGUCAUUGAACAGAUAUUGACAGAUUACUUUGCAUGUUAAUGCUGAACAGAUAACAUCAUUUUUAUUCUUUUUUUUCUUGGUCUUUAUAUUAUCCUAUCAGAUUAUCUGACUGUGGUAAAAUAGAGCCAAAUACCCAGU